UUGGGUGUUUUUUGGGAAAUAAAUUUGAAUAGUCUGGGAAUGUUCUUUUUAGGUUUUUUGUAUUCAAACAAGACUUUUUUUUAUUUGUCUUUUUCUCCUAGUGACACAAAAUGGACUUUAUUAAAAAACUGAUGAAUGAUGCACUUGAGGAACUUGUGGAUGAAGACUUGAAAAAAUUCAACUGGCAGCUGUGGAACAGUCUGGCAACAGACAUGGGCUCUAUUCCUCGAGCAAAGCUUCAGAAAGCUGAUCGGUCAGAUGUCGUUGAUCACAUGGUAGAUAAGUACAGUGAUGAGGCAGGGAAUAUUGCAGUAAAAGCGCUGCGCAACAUCAACCAAAAUCAUCUUGCAAAGACCCUUGAGUCGAAACUUCAGGAAGCUCAGCCGUCUGAGCGGGAGGAAACCAGAAAUGCUCCAGUGCCUGUGGAUGAGCAGCCCAUCCAGUCCGAUUGGAUGAGACCAUUCAGCAUUAUUCCAUCCAGCCAACAGUUUAUGAACAGACUUCUUACAGAAAAGAGAAAUGACAUAUAUAUUCCAAAGUACAAGUCUCAGAGGAGACGUUUAGCCCUGCUAAUCAACAACAUACAAUUCAACAAUACACAGCUCAACAGGCCCGGAGCAGAGAAAGAUGAGGCGAACAUGGAGUGGCUGCUGAAAGCUUUGGGUUACAGAGUUCAGAUAUACAGAAAUCUCUCUGGAAGGCAAAUAGCUACAGCAGUCAGGAGCUUCGCUGCACUUCCCGACCAUCAAGACUCGGACAGCACCUUUGUGGUUCUGAUGUCUCAUGGGGACAGAAUCCAUAAUAAAGAUGCCAUUUUAGGUGCCAACUAUCAUCAGCAGAAUCCCAAAGAUUACUUCUUUGUUGAUGAAAUCUUCACCCAUCUGAACUCAGUGAAUUGUCCUGCUCUGAUUGACAAACCAAAGGUUAUUCUGAUCCAUGCCUGCAGAGGAGGUAACUUAGGAGGUGUGGAAAUACAAUCAGAUGCCAUUGUUCACAUAGAGAAAGAUUUCAUCAGCUUUAAGUCCUGCCUCCCUGAUAUCGUUGCAUACAGGAAUAUUUUGGAGGGAAGUUAUUUUUUCUGUUACAUACUGGAGGUGUUCUGUAAACGGGCUUAUAUUGAUGACAUUAUGGAGUUGUUCAGGAGGGUCACCUUACGCAUGGAGAAAGACCCACGAUUCACAGAUCAGGAAAAACUAAUGCCGUGUAUUGACAGGACGUCCCUUCCAAAGAAAUUCUACCUGUUCCCUGGACUCUGAGGAUGUGCAGUUUAAGGCAAGACACCACAGGUUGAUAGCAAGGCAUUAUCUAAAUAAAUAUGGACGAAUUUGAGUACAUUUCCAGACCAGAAUUCUGAACAUUGGAUGAAGACUGGCUGAAAAGUUAUUCUGAGAAAUGAUUUUGAGAUUUUUGUUGUAACUGAAAUCUACAAAAGAAAUAGAUAAAGUGUAAUAAAAAGCAAAACAGACCAAAAUCUCAAGACCAAUGAACAAAAAAACUGGUCACUGGUUGUGUCUUGCCUUAAAUCAAGAUAAAGAGGCUUUAUGUGCAAAAACACAUUCUAAAUAUAUACAGGCAGUAUAUUGCAUGCAAUUAUCAAUUACAGUAUAUACAUUUAUUUUACUUUUUUAAUAACAUUUAAUUACAUAUUCUCAUAUACUUUGCUAAUGCUAAGAAGUUUUUUCCAUCCAAAAUCAUGUCAUUGUGCACUACACUGUAAAAAAUUGCUGUAAAAAAGGCCAAAUUUCUACAGUAACAUGCUGUUUUCCAUUAUACCAGUAAUAUACCGUAAAAAACAAUGCAUUCUGGGUAAUAUGUGACGUUUUCGAGAAAGUAGCCUACAGAAAUCAUAACUCGUUCAUAGUUGACACUCAGAGGCUGUGUUCCAAAUCACACCCUACACCCUCAUUCACUAUUCCCUACAUUAGUUCACUAAUAUAGUCCACUUGACAGAGUGAAUGAAAAAAACGUGUGAAUUCAGACACUGAUGAACACUUGCUGUUAAUAAGCAGAAUCAAUGAAGGAAA